GAGGCGGGACAUGGCACUCGGGAGGUAAGAACUUGACGGUGACUACACGCUAGUAGCCGCUCAGACCGUCAACACUGAGACGCGGGGAAUUUGUUGCUUGUCCAUCCUUUUACUGAGCCCUUCACCAUGGCCACAAACAAGCUCUCCAUCAAGUUCCGCAGCAUCACGUAUCCUAAUAGUGAAAGCUCAUCUCAGAAGAAACAACGAGGAAGAUUGCAAAGAAUGCCAAGUUUUGACUUCACCGUGAACGAAUCAGCGGCCUCGUCGGCGGCGGCGAAGGCGUCCAGCACCAGGAGGGAAGUGUCGGCCGAGGGAAGGAUCCGCACCAAACAGUUCCAGCAUACACACUCGUCUGCCUCUUCACUGGCUCCCGGGCAGAAAAUGCUGAGAUUCUCAGACGAGUGUUGGUACAGUCCGCCGGGAGAACAUUCAGGGCGGCCUCACGCGUCCAGCGUCAGCUGCCUCACCUCGCCGAAAUCCAAGCCAGGAUCUGCUAUCAGGUUAAAUGUCAACAGUAACGUGGAGAGACUGGUGGACUGGUCUCGCCAGUCACCCGAGAAACACUCAGUCAGCCCCAACAGCAGUCAGGACCUUGGCCAUCGACACAGUCGGUCGAAGGAACGUCGUACAGACCGUGACUCAACCAACGAACGCCGUAGCCACUACGGCACCUCCAUCAGUCUUCCACCUCCUGCGAAGUGCUCCGUGCAAAGCUCAACUGAAACUCCACCUACGACUCCCGCGGUGACGACUCCAGAGGCUCGAGGACGACGCUCCCAGUUCCGGAGGGCGUGGUCGUUGUUCUCUCUCGCCUGCGACAAGGAAGUAGAAAGAGAACGACGGGAAAAAUCACCACAGCAGAAAAUCCUGAGACCCCCAACACGCCACUUCUACCGCAGAGGACUGUCGGGCCUCCCCAUCGAGUGCUCCACCAGGUAUCUAGGGCUGGCCUACUGAUUUUCAGCCGAGGCGGACCCGGCGGCCCGCCCCAGACAGUGGACGAGAUGAACUUUGGUGAUGCGUAAACUCGCGUUUUGCAAGUAACGCUUGUUUUGUGGACCGUUCGCGGCCGUGUGACGACACAUCGAAUACCAUGGAGUGGUGAUGGUAUUGUUACUCAUAGCGCAGACACGCUAUGGGGGAGUGCUUAUCUUACGGCUGAGCUGCGGUGAAGUUCGUGAAGUGAUUUAUGCCUGUGUCUUCUGGAAAGAUUUAAUGGCGAUAAGAUCAUUUUUUAUGAGCAAGUGUUACGCUGGCGGUAUAUUGUUGUGCUCAUCUCAUGCCAACUGAUGGCGUGAGCUAUAACAUAGGAUAUAGAUUUAAAGUCUCUAUUUUCUCACCUGCAGAACACACCCUAUGUGUGGACGGGCAGUUGACGUGCAGCAAUAUAUCGUUUGGCUGAAAGCUAUACCUGUUGUCGGGUACGGCUGGCCAGGGCUGACCACAUGCCGCACGGAGUGUUAGAAUUAUCUUCUAUUGUCUCCCGUGGGUACUAAUUGGUCGCCAGCUUUCAAAGUGGCCUUUCCUUAUCAUGUCGGCUUCGACAGGCGAGCUGUGCUUUGCCUGCAAGCCUCGUGUGCUGCUGUCUCCCGCUGCCUUUGUGUCUGCUCCCGCUGAAUGUUUCUAACGAUUUUUGUACAUAAUUUACUAUAAAUGAAUAAAAUGCAGAAUAUAUA